AUGCCUUGGCUUGUCCUUGGUCUCCUACAUCUUCUCUGGGCUAUGGCUGGAACCAGUACCCAGACCAGAAGCUCAUGCUCUGUCCCCUCAGAACAGUGGCCCUGGGUUGAUGGUCUACAAGCACUCAUGGAGAAGUCGGUGACCACAUCAGCCUUCCCAAACCCCAGCAUCCUGAUUGCCAUGAACCUGGCCAGUGCCAUUGACCCAGAGGCCCAGAAGCUCCUGACUUAUAAGCUCCUGGCCAGUGACACUGCGGACCUGACCAUUGGGCCACUCUCCCUUACCAUCAUGGCCCUCACCUCUUCCUGCCGAGACUCUGGAAGUAAAGUGUCAGUUCUCCAGAAACGAAUGGAGAACUGGGCACCUUCAAGUCCAAAUGAUGAAGCCUUGGCCUUCUACGGGCCUGGCCUGGCAAUCUUGGCACUGUGCCAGAAGAACCCAGAGACAACCUUACCAAUAGCAGUGCGCCUUGCAAAGGCCCUGCUGGCCAACUCUUCUCCCUUCAAUGUGGACACAGGAGCAGUGGUGACCUUGGCCCUGACCUGCAUGUACAACAAGAUCCCCGUGGGUUCCCAAGAAAAUUACAGAGCCUUGUUUGGCCAGGUACUAAAAGUUGUUGUGGAGAAUAUCAGCAUGAACAUCAAAGACAAUGGCAUCAUUGGAAACCUUUACAGCACUGGCCUGGCUAUGCAGGCUCUCUCCGUGACACCUGAGCAACCUACCAAAAAGUGGGACUGUGAGAAGACUAUGGAUACAAUACUCAAGGAGAUUAAGCAGGGGAAAUUCCAAAACCCCAUGUCCAUUGCCCAAAUCCUCCCUUCCUUGAAUGGCAAGACAUACCUAGAUAUUCCCCAAGUGACCUGUGGCCCUGAUCAUGAAGUGCAACCAACUCGAUUUAACUAUCCUACCCCUGUCCCCACAUCAGCAACUAACAUCACUGUCACAUAUACCAUAAACAACCAGCUGAGGGGGGUAGAACUGCUUUUCAAUGUGACCAUCGAGGUCAGUGUGAGAGGUGGAUCUGUGCUGCUCGUUGUCCUAGAAGAAGCACAACGCAAAAAUCCCAUGUUCAAAUUUGAAACCAUAAUGACAUCUUGGGGCCCAGUUGUCUCUUCUAUCAACAAUAUUGCAGAAGAUGUAAAUCACAAGACAUAUUGGCAGUUCCUUAGCAACAAAACACCUUUAGAUGAAGGAGUUGCUUACUAUAUUCCCUUCAACCAUGAGCACAUCACAGCCAACUUCACCAAAUACUGA